UAUUGAAACGUAACCGUCAUUGUCAAUCAAAUGAAUGUGAAUGUAUAGAUUUUCAAUUUCAAAGUGAAUCUCUUAUUUAAUUAUCAUCCAUAAUCACCAGUUUUUUAACAACCAAUGUAUCGAAUUCAAGUACGAAAUGUAUAAAAAGUGUCAUUUUGGCCAAUAAUCAAUCAUCAAAAAAAUCAUUAAGAUGUCUCCAAAAACACCACAACCAAUAAAAUGCCGUGCCGCUGUACUAUACAAAGAAGGUGAUCCAUUAGUCAUCGAAGAUGUAAUUGUACCGGCACCAGAUGUUAAUCAGGUUCGAGUUAAAAUGGUAUCAGUUGGUAUUUGUGCUACCGAUGCUCAUUUUGUAUGGGGUACAGCGAAAAUGGAAUCCUGGGGCCAUAAAUUACCAUCAGUUUUAGGCCAUGAAGGAACCGGAAUCGUCGAAUCGAUCGGUUCGAAUGUCCAUGAUUUUCAAGCAGGUGAUGUUGUCCUGAUGUCGAUUAUACCACAAUGUAAUGAAUGUGUGUUAUGCCAAAAUCCUAACACGAAUAUCUGCAUGAAAAACUUAUUGCCCGAUAUGGGAAGUCGUGUAAGUAAAAAAUUGGCCAAAUCUGGUCAAGCACUUUAUGGAAUAAUGGGUUUGGGUACAUUUUCCGAUUAUAUCACUGUCAAUCGUGAUCAAUUGUUCAAGAUGACAAACAAAGUGAAUAUUGAAAAUUCUGCUAUAAUUAGCUGUGCUGUGGCUACCGGUUUCUUUUCAGCGGUGAACCUGGCUAAAGUUUUGCCUGAAUCAACAGCCGCUGUAUGGGGUAUCGGAUCAAUUGGAUUGAACGUAUUGCAAGGAUGUAAAUAUAGUAAAGCAAAAAAUAUUAUCGCAAUCGAUAUUACGCCAAGUAAAAAAGACAUUGCCAUCGAAUUUGGCGCUACUGAAUUUGUCAAUCCCAAACAAUUGAACGGUGGGCAGACAUUGGAACAAUAUCUGCUUGAAAAAUAUGGUGGUGUCGAUUAUGCAUUUGAUUGUUUUGGAUCACAAAUUAUCAUUGAUCAAGCAUUGAAAUCAUUAUCAGUAACUGGUACAUUUGUAUUGAUUGGUGUACCGCCAGAUGAUACAAAUAUUGUCUAUCCAUGUAAUCAAUUGAUGACUGGCCGUACAAUAACCGGUGGUUUUGUUGGUGGUAAAAAAAGUGAACAAGCCUACAGUGAAUUGGUGGAAAUGUAUGAAAGAAAACAAAUUAAAAUUGAUCAAAUGAUCACCGACAAAAUUCCAUUAACAAAGAUUAAUGAAGGAUUUGAUAAUUUAAGAUCGGGCAAAGUUAUUCGUUCAUUAGUAACAUUUACGGGUACAAAAAUGAAUUAAAUUUUUAUUGAAAUUUUUA